GUUGCAUCUACUCCAUCGUCAGAUAUCCUAUCGUUCAUGGUGCCUCCUCCUGUGCCGAACGAGAGUAAUAUUUUCGACCUUUCCCAGGAACAUGAACUGCCCACCAUCCCUAUGUAUUCCGAACCCUUGUUGCUCGACACUGCAAUGGAUAUGCCUAACGGAGAUAACGGUUCCAUCAAGGGCACCAUCACAUCUACUCCAUUUAAGGAGCAGGAAGGGAAGCGUGAUGGAGAUUCAGCCUCUGGGCAACAUGAUCGCAGCCUAUCAUUCAGCUUUGGCCAAACCAUGUUCCACUCAAUGGGAAAAUUGUCACCCACAGAUUCAGUGAAGUCGAGUCUCAUCAACAGCGAGCGUUCUGCCUCUCCUGCGACUAAAAAUCGUAGUCGCGCAAUGAGCGACACUGUCUUCCAAUC